AUGGCGCUGAGCACCUUCAAACAGAAGGUGGAAGAGCGCUUGAAGUCUGGGAGCCCAGGCGAUGUCAGUGCUGGUCCACCACCAGCCAAGAAGUCGUGCAGCACCUAUGAAAAGCAGAUGCAGAACUUGCCGCCAGGAAAUCUUGAUCUGGUGAAGGAGCAAAGUUGGAUCUUGAAAAGUUUCAAACAAGAUUUGUAUCUCUAUGGGCAGUCCUUCAAAGAUGAGACUAUUGAACCAGGAUCCCACCCAGCGUCUCUGGUUUUGGAGAAGUUGAACCAUGUUGAUGAGCACACUCGUUUCCUCUAUUGCCAAGAGCUCCAGACUUGGUACUCUGAAUAUGCCAAUUGGCGUGGGAAAGCCUACCUCUUCAAGGAGACAAGGGAUAUCAUCCGGGCUCAUUGUGAUCACCACCGCUGGCGGGAGUGUGCACUGUCUACGGAGCAGCUGAAGUCUCAGCGAUGGUUGGUUGGAGCAACGCCCCGCAGUAGCUCCUGCCCUGCAGACUUGAAAGCUGCUCUCACCAUGACAGAGGAAGCCCAAAGUCUCUUCAUGCGACUUGUUGUGCAUUGCUAUUUGGAGAAUGGGCGACGCUUGAGACCAUCAGCGAGGCCGCGUGUCAGAUGGUCCCCAUCUGUGUUUGAAGCACAUGUUGAUUUCAGUUGCAUCUACGCGGCGAUCCUGAGAGAAGCCAGGGCCUUGGCAUCCUUCACUCCUGAGAAAGAAGCUAGCAUUCUCAAGGCCUUCUUCCAGAAGUUCUUUGGCUAA